AAUUAAAACAAUGAAAUCUUCUAAACCAAGAAAAUCUCUAUUUUGAUUCGGAAGCAAAAACUGAAUCAUCCACUGGUACCCUAAUUCUUCUCGUAGCUUCAGUCCAAUUUUAGUUGGAUCAUACUCCAAUUUUCAACGACAGUGGAAGUAACUAAAGAUCAAUUCAAAUCAUUUGUUCAAGAAGAAUCUGUGGAAGUAGGUGAAAAACGGAAUGGAAUUCGGGAAGAGACGCAGAGCAGCAGUUGUGGUACUCGGUGAUAUUGGUCGCAGCCCUCGUAUGCAAUUCCAUGCCCUUUCUCUUGCUCGUCAGGCAAAUCUUGAGGUGGAUAUUGUUGCAUAUGGAGGAUCUGACCCAUAUUCUGCUCUAUUAGAGCACCAAUCUAUACAUAUCCAUACAAUGAGGCUAUGGCCAUCAAGGGAUGGAGUUUUACCAAAAAUAUUUCGUUCGGUUAUGCUUUUGCUAAAGCCAUUGAUUCAGUUCAUUAUGCUUCUUUGGUUUCUUUGUGUUAAAAUAAAGGCCCCAGAUGUAUUUAUAGUGCAGAAUCCACCUUCCGUUCCAACUUUAGUUGCUGUCAAAUGGGCCAGCUGGCUGAGGCAGUCCUCCUUCAUCAUUGAUUGGCAUAACUUUGGAUACACUUUGCUUGCACUAUCUCUUGGCAGAAGUAGUCGUUUCGUAGCGGUAUAUCAUUGGGUUGAAUUACAUUUUGGGAAGAUGGCACAUGGAUCUCUAUGUGUCACAAAGGCAAUGCAACAUGAGUUGGAACAAGUUUGGGGAAUCAAAGCCACGGUGUUAUAUGACCAGCCUCCUGAGUUUUUCUGCCCAACUCAUCUCGAAGAAAAGCACAAGUUGUUUUGUAGAAUUAAGAAAGAUAUAUUCAAGUCAAAUGGUCCUCUAGACUGCAUCAGCUAUGGAAUAACUAGCAAUGACAUACAAGAUCCAAAUUCAACUCUAUUUACGAACCUGAUUGGUGACGAUUAUCACUUGAAGCAGAAUAGGCCUGCACUUAUUGUUAGCAGUACAAGCUGGACCCCAGAUGAGGAUUUCGGCAUUCUUUUGGAAGCAGCAGUCAUGUACGACAGGCGUGUUGCUGCAUUACUGAAUGAGAAUGAUUCAAAUGGGGAAGAAGUUCUAUGGAAGGCCAUUGAUGAUGGGAAGACAUUUUCGUAUCCUAGGUUAUUAUUUAUCAUCACUGGAAAAGGACCCGAGAAAGAGAAAUACGAAGAGAAGAUAAAGAAGCUGAACCUCAAGCGCGUAGCUUUCCGUACCAUGUGGCUGUCACCGGAGGAUUACCCAUUUCUUCUUGGAUCAGCUGAUCUUGGUGUUUGCUUGCAUACUUCUUCAUCGGGGUUGGAUCUCCCAAUGAAGGUUGUUGACAUGUUUGGAUGCGGUCUGCCUGUUUGCGCUGUUUCUUAUUCUUGCAUCACAGAGCUUGUAAAACCAGAUAAGAAUGGGCUACUCUUCUCAUCAUCAUCGGAGCUUGCUGAUGAGCUAAUGAUGCUCUUCAAGGGUUUUCCCAAUGAAUGUGAUGCUUUAAAAAUGCUGAGAAACGGGGUUCUGGAGAUGGGAUUGUCUGCAAGGUGGGCGACCGAGUGGGAAGCUAAUGCAAUGCCAUUGAUAUCCAAGGUGAUUUCUGGUGACCUGCAUUGAUUUUAAGUUGAUCUGAAAGAGGAUCAGCACAAAGAUUCAAAGGUUUCCUGCAUAAACCACACGGAACUGACUUUUUGGAAGUUACUUUCUGUUCUUAAUUAGGAAGUUUGUGCUUUUACACGAGUUGUUACUUGAUAUCCUUGCUGAACUUGCUUAGUUUUUUUUUUUUUAAUUUCAUCAAUCAUUUGGUGUAAUUGUGAUUUAUGCGAGAUCGAAAAGUUUUAGUUAAGCUAUAAUACAGGUUAGGAGAUAUGGAGAGCACACUUGUAUAAGCUAACUUAAACCCAAUAUCGCCAUAAAGCAGGGGUCUAGGGCAGUGCCCCUUAUGGAAGUAGAUGUCCCUGAAGUUGAAACAGAGUCUUCUGAUGUUUGCAUAAGGGAUCAGGAGGCCGAUUCCGAAGGCAAAGGUUCAGAAGGCCAACUGAUCUUAAGAAGGUUGAAGAUCAGAAAGCUAAUGACUUUUAUCUGAUCUGGAACAACCGUUUUUCAUUCAUAUCGUUGGUGGGAACUGAUUUAACACUGAAAUAACUAUUUUUCGCCAUAAUAACUGUCGUUUAACAUACUAAAAACAUCACUGAAACUUGAGUGUUUUUGCCUAAAAAACAAGUGUGAAUUUGGACCAUCCCAAAGUGAAUUUCGUGCAACUCUAGUCUGUGAAAGGGUGUGAAACAUUACUCUCGGAAAGUGUUCGAUACAAGAUCCAUUAUUCUAUCAAAGUGUAUCUCGAUUGAAACAUCAUCCAAACCCAGAUGGUUCACAAGGAAGAAUGUACAAGUAAGUGCAGUGAUUGACAUUUAGGAAAUUUAUAGAUUCGUACAGCUUUGGUUCAUAACU